AUGUCAUAUUCUGACAGUCCUACGGUAAUUUUUCAAUGCUCAAACGACUCAGAUUUUGAGUUUACAGAAAACUGGUGUGCUAGCAAAAGCAAACGCUCUGGCUAUUGUGACAGCAUUGAAUGCUAAUGGUGGUAGCAACAUUAACCAGGCAUCGUAAGUCAUUGGAAUUUUGCAACUUUUUUUAAAUGAAAAUCGGUUUUAGUGCUAUCGAUAGCUAUGAUCCUACUACGUACAACAACAGUGACUUUGUUUUCUUUGCGCCAUGCAAGCAGGAUUAUAAGUGAGCAAGAUUUCGUUCGUUUCGGUUUCCAACUGAUUUUUCAUUUCAGGGACUAUGAGAAAGACAUUAGCAAUGUGGCAGCAACACUUAACAAAUUUCAACAAAAAUAUGUUAUUGUUUCUUUGUCAAUGGACAAUGCCACCAUGUAUAAAAAUUAUGGCGAGGCCAAUCAUAAUUUGCCUGUUGCGUCGAAUGUCACAGACAUUAGUAACGAAAUCAACAAUAUUCUUGGAAUACCAGGUGAGUAAAGCAUCAUCUUGUUUUGUACCUCUAAAACCUUGUAUUCAGUUACCACAACUACUACCACCACUACAGUUCUGCCGACUUCUACAGCUAACGCUCAAAGCUCAACUGCUGCAGUUCAGUCUUCGUCGGUGGUGCCAAGUCAAUCUACAUCUGCGCAGCCUGUUCGGUCAAGUUCUGUUACUACAACAACGACUACCGUAACGACACCUUCAACGCCAAAAGCAACUCAGCCAACGAGUCCCGUCACUUCUCCGACAACUCCCAAAGUUACUAAUCCUAUCACUUCUGCUACGGUUCCUACAAGUCCGGUGACAUCCGCUACAGUUCCAACGAGCCCAGUUACGUCAGCAUCAACUGCCACAAGUGAGGUGACAUCAGCUACUGUACCAACAAGCCCAGCCACGUCUGCUACAGUCCCAUCAAGUCCAGUCACAUCUGCUACAGUACCAACGAGCCCCGUAACGUCAGCCACAGUACCAACAAGCCCAUUCACGUCAGCAUCCACUGCGACGAAUCCUGUGACGUCAGCAACAACCCCAUCAAGUCCAGUGACUUCAGCUACAGUCCCUACAAACCCGGUCACGUCAGCCACGGUACCAACAAGCCCUUUGACAUCUGCAACAGUUCCAUCGAGUCCGGUAACGUCGGCAACAGUUCCUACGAGCCCCUUGACGUCACCAACAGUGGCCAGCUUAGCAACGUCAGUUCAAACAAAUCCUACUUCAACCAUUGGGCCAAGUAUGUCAACGUCGCAGGCUACAAUAGCUAGUUCCGUAGCGUCGUCACCUUCUAGCUCGGCUAGUACAUCAAUAGUUUCUAGUACUACUCCGGUAGUUUCUAGUUCAACUUCUCAACAAACAACCUUCACUUCACUUGGAUCAUCCAGCCCCAAUCCAUCAUCGACUGUCACGCCGUCCGGAAGCUCCACUAAUGCAGCGUCUUCUUCAACUGUCACGACACUGGGAUCCUCUCCAAAUCCCAGCUCGCAAACUAGUUUGUCAACACAAGGAACAUUGCCAAGUUCAGCACAAACCACUGUCAGCUACGGAACGUCAAGCGGAACUUCUGCUUCUACAGCUUCUGGUUCAACUUCUUUCCCUACACCAGGAUCUUCAACUCCGGCAGCGACUGGGUCUACUCUUUCGGGAUCAACGGCCUCAACGGGAUCAACUGGAUCAACAUCAGCAACAAAUACUGGAACAUCAACAUCGACAUCGUAUGUGACUGA